UGAUUGGCUGACGUUUUUGGCGCCAAACACCAACCCGGAAAUAAUAGAAAGAAGCGUUGGGACUAGUUUGGUUUGUUUACCGUGAUUUAAAAAAAAGGCUUUCUCUAGUUUUUAACAUCUAACAUGGAAUCCCAGUCGUAUUUCCCGGUUCAGCCUGGAGUUGGAGUAGAGGAAAACUUCCUGUCGCUCGACGACAUUUUACUGACUCAUGAGAGACUUCCAGUUCGGACAGAGUGCACCUUCCCUCGGCUUGGAUUCCUGGACAAGUCCAGUGACUCGCAGGACAUCACGGAGGGUACAAAAAUGGAGCUCCCCCUGUGGCUGUCCAAGGGACUAUAUGAGAGGAAGAGGAGGGUUCUGUCCGUGGAGAUGCCCAAGGUCUACAGAGAAGGCUGGAGGACCGUGUUCACCGCAGACCCCAACGUGGUAGACCUGCACAAGAUGGGUCCAUACUAUUAUGGUCUGGGCUCUCAGCUGCUUCACUUCGACAGCCCGGAGAAUCCUGACAUCGCUCAGGCGCUGCUGCAGACUUUCAUCGGUCGCUUCCGACGGACCAUGGACUCCUCUCAGAACGCCUACAACGAGGACACGUCGGCUCUGGUGGAGCGGCUGGACAGUCUGGAAAAACGUCUUUUUAAAUCAGGACAAAGUGGACUGAAUGGAUUCCAGAGCUGGGAGAAAGGUCAGGCUGCUCAGCUGACCGCCUCCAGUCUGGUCCUCAACUACCGCAAGAGAAAGAUGAUGGAUGUCCAGAGCUGACACCUCACCUGUCCUCACCUGCCUCCCCCCACAGGUGUGUUUCCUGCUUCUUCCCUCUCCUGGAUUCACGGUAACAGGGUUUUUUCAAACACAUGAUUCAGUCACAGACAGGAGCGGAGAGGUUGAUCCCAACACAGCAUUUUUUUAAUGAUUCGGAUUCUUGAAAUAUUAAUAAAAUACAUAGUGCA